AUGUUUUGGCAGAGGGAACAGUUCUCUGGUAAAGAUAACCAAGACUGCUGUGCAUCAGGCCUAAUCCAGAGUACUCAUUAUCCGUGCUGGUAUGUAAAGAGGUGCUAUCAUGGUUCAAAGCGGAAGCAACACUCCUCAGAGCUUCUCCAAAAAGACGGCGAGAAAGUUCUCAUCCUCGGGGUAAGGCUAGUGAACAGCUGUGCAAAUGAUAAGGCACUGAAAAUGCACGCUUUGGGCCAUUCAACGGUUUCCCGGCGUCCUGGGAGCGGCGGGUCCCGCCCCUUGGAGCCCGGAGCUGGUCGGGCCGUCGUCGCGGCCACCUCGGGUCGCUUUCUCCGUCCCGAGUGCCACACCUCGCGCCUCUGUCCCCGGGACGACGGCGCACAGCCCAGUCAGCCCCUGGGAGCGCACGGGGACCGGCCAGUCCGCCGCCGCCGCCGCCUCAGCUCCAGACGGACGACUGCCCUCUCCUCUCCCCGCCGGCGGCGCCUCCCGCGGCGGCCGGGCCCCAGCCCGGCGCCCCCACCUCUUAGACACAGCCCCUUCCUUGCCGGGACGCCCCGCGCUGCGCCGGGCACAGCCUCGGCUCCCAGUCUCGGAGACACCAAGGGACACUCACCCCGGAGGCUCCUCCCGCCGCUGCUGCUGCCGCCGCUGGGACCGCGGCCGUCGCCCCCGCCGCCGCCACCAGCACCGCCGUCCGCACCGGCGCCAGCACCCCCGGCCAUUCUCCUCCUGCCGCCGCCGCCGCCCUCUCCGCUCCUGUCAGUGGCUCAGGCUCCGGGGCUGCUCCAGGUUUCCCUCGCCGCCAUUUUGACUCCUAGAGGGAGCAGGAGGGGCUCGGCUCGGCGCGGCCCUGGGGCGCCUGCGCGGCGCUGCGGAGCCGGCCCGAGCCCCCACCCGCCCCCGCCGUCGCCGCGCCUAGAGUCACGUGGGCCGGCGGCGGGCGCGCGCGAGCGCCAGGCCGGGCCGGGCAAGGGAGGCGCGUUCGCGAGCCCCGGGAGCGGUCGAAGCCGAGUGCGCGCGCAUUAUUCCCGCUCCGCGCCUCGGAGCACAGAGCGGGACGCUCGGAGUUUGAAGCUCGUUGCAGCAUCCUGCUUACCCUGGGGAAUUGUGACAAAUCAUUAAAUGUAUCAGAAUGGAAUUAUAAUAACUACGUUACUGGACGACCAGGUCUACCAAUUCCUGUUGCUAUUCGGUGGCCGGCAUCCACGGAUCGCGCAUCUUGCAGGCGCGUCCAAGAGAAGACAGCGCUUCCGCGGAAAACUCCUUUCUGACAGUCUUGGCGUUUCGGUGGCUUCUUGGCACUUUAUCUUAACUACUGCUGCAUGGUACUUUUACAGACAGCACUUUGAUACUUGCUGUAUCAGGUUAAAAAAAAAAAAGUUUUCCUCAACAAAAUACCUCCGUGAAUGAGGGACGAGAAUUGAUGAAAACGCACGAUCGCUACGUGGAUGAGCCAAAUCGCCCUUUCCUAGAUGCCCCUUGUCUGGGAGUUUGCAAUAGUUCCAACGAUGCAGUAACAAAAAAACAAACAAAGAAAAAACAAAAACAAAAAACCACACCUUAUGUUUCUGCACCAUCUUAUAGUACUUAAAACACCGUUAAAUACGUGGCUUCGUUUGAACACCGAUCCACCCUUUGAAGUAGUCGGGACAGAAAUGUCAUGGCUCACAAAAAUAAUCUGGUACCACCAGGUGAUCCGGACAGGACCAGAACCUGACUUCAGGCCGAAAGUUACAGGUGAAAGAGUUGGGAUGGCUAGAGUGCUCAUCACUGAAGAAAAAAAGGAAUGGGGGGGCCUGCAGACCUUCAGACCUCCAAAACACCCCACCUGGCUGAGUUCUUCUGACUCAAGACUGCUAAGGCCAGUGGCUGUGCUGCAAGCAUAACAGAAAUCCAUUGAAGAAUUUCUGGAUGUGGUUCAGGAGAGGAAGAGGAAUGUCAAAUUUAAGAACUAAAAGGUGGGAGAAGAAAACUAAAAUAGUUUUCAUCACAUGUAAUUUUUUUGAAAAAAGAAUCCAGCAGUUCUUUCUCGGGGCUCUUUAUAAUAAUGGACCAAGGCUUUUACUGGAUCUCUCAUUACAGUUGUGCUGGCAAUUCAAAAGUAUGUUACUAAUGUUACCAAUUGCAUCACUCUGGCAUGUUUUUCCCACCUCUGUAACUCUUCUGCUUUUGCUUCUUGCUUAUUUGAGUUUCUCUGUCUUUGAGGUCAUGCAAUUGUAAAGACAGUCACAAAUAGAUCCAGAGAGAUGCCCUGCAUUCUGCGAAGACCUUUGGUCCUUGAAUAGCAAUUAAAUGUGUUUUUCUAGAAAGGAGAAGAAGUCAGGGUGUUUGGGCCAGAGGUGGUGCAGCCUUCAUUCAUUAUAUAAUUUUCUAGAACCCUAACACCAGUUUGUUUAGAGCAUGAACAUUUAUAAAAAUCACAUUAAAAAGAAGCCAGUGGGCGAGUGUGCAUUACUUGUUCAUUGUAUGUAGAGCUCACAAAUCAAAAAACCUGAUCUCUAGGCUAUGGCUCUAAUUAUGCCCUUUUAUACAACUGCAGCAGGAAUGUCCCAUAUUGUAGGUCACCGAGAAUAUAUUGAAUCCAGGGCCCGCUAAGGCCUUUCCUGAAAAUUGUAGAGGUUUGAGUUAACAGAGCUAGUCUUUUGUGACUUGGAGAAUUUAAACGGAGGAAGGUUGUUUGUACCUGUAAUUUGAGAAGCUAAAAGUGCCACCUCCUGGGGUAGGGGUAGGCGGCGGGGAGCUUAAUUGUGUCGUGGCUGAAUUUGGAGUCAGAUUUACUGACAAGGUCAGAAGUAAUUUAAAGUUUUUGUCACAGAGGAAGACCUAAAAUGCUUGAUUCUCACAUCAACAGCACUGUCUGUAGCCUAAACUUUUAAGAUUGGGA